AUGGCUUCCCUUUCCACUUCCAAUUCAUCUCUUUGCUUCUUCUUCAUCUUCGCUGUCGCUAUCACCACCGCUAAGGAAUUCCAAGUUGGUGGUGACGUCGGUUGGCGAAUUCCGGCCACCAACGAAACCCAACUCUACAAUGUCUGGGCUUCCCGACGACGAUUCCACGUCGGAGAUUUACUCCGUUUUCGUUACAAAAACGAUUCGGUGGCGACGGUUGAAAAAUGGGGGUUUUACCACUGCAAUUCGAGUACUCCGAUCACCAUCCACCACGACGGCGACACCGUGAUCCACCUCUACACGAUGGGUACUGUUUAUUUCAUCAGCGGCGAUCGUGACCGGUGUAAAAAAGGUCAGAAUAUGAAGGUGGAAGUGAUGGGUCCUGAACUUGUUUCGCCAUUCCCGCCGACGAUAGGUACUUCGCCGGAAAACCCUUACUCCAGUGCCAUGGCUCCGUGUGGUUCGCCGGAAUCUGUAACAAUUUUUUUGCUUUAUGUGUCUGUAGUUGGUGUUAUGGUAGGUGUAGGAUUGUUUUCAUGGAAGCCGUAG